AUUGCGAGUAAAAACGCGAAACAAGACAGACACAUACGUAAGGACAAAAAACAAUAAAUAAAAUAUAAAAUAAAAAGAAAAUUAAAGCAAAUAAAUUAGAAAAAUAUAUAUAUAAAACUUGGUGGUAAUUAUAUGCUACAACAACAAUAGUAUAAUUUUAAAAAAUAAACUAAAAAAGUAAAACAUCGCCACAAUAGAAAAAUGUUUUAAUUGAAAAUGUCUUUUGUAUGAUUGAGGAAAAAAGUGAAACAAAACAAAAAAAAAAUAAUUUGUUGCAAAAGACGGAAAUAGAAGUGAAAUCAAGAAAAUUACUUAGAAGCCUUAAGGCGUAAAAAGUUAAAGUAACAGAGAGACGUUACCAAAGACACCGAAACUCUUGACGAAUUCGUAUUGAUGUUGUAAAUGCGUCUAAACAAGACAUAUUGGCGCGCCAUACGGCGUUAUUUUUUAGUUUUCACUGCAAUUGCAUUUUUGCCUCUGGCUCUCGUCUUUCUGGUGCGUAAUGAACAGUUUUACAAACUCAAAGGUUACGAGGCCACAAAAGUCAAGGAUAAUUUUGCCGAUCAAACUUUUCGUUAUCCGGUCAUGUUGCUCGGCAAAAAUAAGGAUCUUACCAUAGCGGCAACAGGGAAUUCUAGAAAAAGAUUUUCCAAAUAUGAUAAAUACAUUAAUGAAACUCAUUUACCUCUGAUACCGGAUGAAGCCAUACAGUCUUUAUCGGAAAGUGAUAUGCUCAAGGUAGAAAAACGUAUGGAAAGAAGACGAAAACUUUUAUCGGAGAAAUGUACGGAAUUGGGUCUAGAUGUAGUUGGCACCGAUUCAUGGCAUAAGCCAAAUCCUUGGGAAUUUUUAGUCAAUAAAAAACAUCAUAUCAUAUGGUGCAAUGUAUUUAAAGCUGCCUCUUCAUCAUGGAUGUUUAAUUUUAAUGUUUUAGCUGGCUAUUCAGCGGAUUUUUUGCACAAAACAAAAGAAAUUUUAUUACAUUUAGCACGCGAACGGUAUCCUCGUGUUACGUUAGAAGAGCUUCAUACAGCUCAAAAUAAUUCUAUAACAUUUUUAAUUGCACGCCAUCCAUUCGAAAGACUGUUAAGUGCUUAUCGCGAUAAAUUCGUUUAUGCGAUACCCCAUUCGUUUCACGAUAAACUGGGGAGAAAAAUAGUGCGUACUUAUCGAAAAAAGAGCCAACAAUUAAAACCUCCCAAAUAUCCAACAUUUUCGGAAUUUGUACGCUGGCUGUUGGAUCAAAUCAAACAUGGCAAUCAUUUGGAUAUGCAUUUUGUGGCCUCAACACAAUUCUGUACGCCGUGUUUGAUAAAUUUCGAUAUAAUUUUAAAAUUUGAAACUCUUGAGGAGGAUCAAUUGUAUCUCAUUGAAAAGACUGGCUUAAAACGUAUUAUUGCUCCCGAGUGGCGAAAUAUGGGCAAGGGCAAGAAUACGCUGGAAUUGCUGCAACAGUUCUAUUCGAAAUUAUCGAGAAAUGAAUUGGAUGGAUUGUAUGAUUAUUAUAGAUAUGAUUUUGAAUUAUUCAACUAUAGUGCAACUUCGUAUUUUAAUAUUGCGAAAGCUAAAGAACUAGAUAUACCCGAAGAGACAGCAGCACUAUUAGGAAAGCCGCAUGCAUAAAUUUUACUACCUGCUAUACACAGCAUUUACGUUAAGAAAUGACACCAAAAAAAAAAGCUUCAACAAAAAAAGAUAGAUUUAACAAAUCAACACGUCCCAGAUACUUGUACAUCAUUACGGAUAAAAGUACGAUCGCUUACAUACAUACAUAAUAAUUCAUCCAUAAAAGCACAGGUUGUUCUCUAACUUACUAUUUUUGAUGCAGAGUUGGAAACACAGAAAACGCUUAAGAAUACAAUUGUAGUUUUGAAUUCAUUUCCCCAUGAAUUUAGUGCGUUUAUUGCAAUUUGCAAAAUGUUAAGAAUAAAAAAAGUUAGAAUCCAUUCGAAUUGAAAUUCGAAGAUGAAAAAAAAAGACAACUAAUUUGUACAAUAAUUUUAAUAUGCGUCAAUAAUUGAAACAUUGUAGAAAACUAGUAUUAAGUAAAAUUUAUUAUAAAUAUCACACGCAUAGCGCUUUUUACUUUAAAUUUAUAAUAAUGAGACCCAAGACAUGACACUGACGGACUGAAAUGACAACAGACAAAUAAACAAAUUAAAAUAAUUUUAAUUAUAAAAAUAUAAAACAAAAAUAACAAGCAAGCAACCAAAAAAAACGAAACCAAAACAAUGAACUCUAAUAUAAUUAAAAUUUAAUUAAAUAAAUUGAUAAAUUAUUGAGCGUUUUUAAGUAAGAAUUGUAUUAGAAUUAAAAGAAAGAAAGAAUUUUGAGAGACUCACUGUUUGCUUGAAUUAAACAUCAUUCAUACAAAUUUAUUAAACAAAAUUUUUAUAAUUUGUUUUCUAUUUAUAAACCUUUGAUAAGUGUUUAUUAAGAAAACUUUUAGUUUGCUCUAAGAGUUCUAGUUUUCGUUUUAAGAAAUGCAAAACUUUUAAAGUAAACUAAUAGUUUUUGUUCAAAAAUGUUUCUACACAUUAUAGCUUAUUCAUGUAACAAAUCGUGUUAGCUCCAAAGAAAUCUGCUGUUUUAUUUUGCAUUACUUACGUAGUCACGUGUUUCUCACCCUAUGGCCUUCAUUUUCUUUGUAACUAAUACUAUAUCGUGUUAAUCUUCAUAAAUUUGAUGCAUUUCUAAACAAAUCGCUCGCUAUUUUUUCAAUUGUAAAUUAAAAGUUUGUUAAAGUAAUUUUAAGUAGUUGCCACAUUUUUUACUUUUACAUUAACAAAUACAUACAAACAUACAUACUUAGUGAAUUGUUCUUUAUAUAAAAAAAAACUUAUUUUUAGUAUUUAUUCAAAAAUUAGUUACAUCCAUAAAAACAUAAAUAUUUUGUUAAGUAUUGAAUGAAUAAAAUAAAACA